GCGCACGCGCACUUGUCUGGAUUGUUUUGACAGCUUUGGCUGAUUUGGAAGCGAAGGAGCAGUAGGUGUCGCGAGAGUUAGCUUCGUACCUCCAGUCGGUGCUGUAACUAUGGCGGGCCUGGGGACCCAGUCUGAGCGGGAGCCGCUCUUAGGCGACCGCACACCCGGAAGCAGAGAAUGGGAUAUUAUAGAAACUGAGGAGCACUAUAAGAGCCGAUGGAGAUCUAUUAGGAUUCUGUAUCUUACUAUGUUUCUCAGCAGUGUAGGAUUUUCCAUUGUGAUAAUGUCAAUAUGGCCAUAUCUCCAAAAGGUUGAUCAGACAGCUGAUGCAAGUUUUUUGGGCUGGGUUAUUGCCUCAUUUAGUCUUGGCCAAAUGGUAGCUUCCCCUCUAUUUGGUUUGUGGUCUAAUCAUAGACCAAGAAGAGAGCCUCUCAUUGUCUCCAUUUUCAUUUCGGUGGCAGCGAACUGCCUCUAUGCGUAUGUGCACGUCCCAGCUUCUCACAAUAAAUACUACAUGCUGGUCGCUCGUGGCCUGGGGGGAUUCGGAGCAGGAAAUGUAGCAGUUAUUAGAUCAUAUAUUGCUGGUGCUACUUCUCUUCAGGAAAGAACAAGUUCCAUGGCAAACAUGAGUGCAUGUCAAGCAUUAGGUUUUAUUCUAGGUCCAGUUUUUCAGACCUGUUUUGCACUCAUUGGAGAAAAGGGCGUGACAUGGGAGACUAUACAACUUCAGAUAAACAUGUAUACAGCACCGGUUUUACUUGGCGCCUUCCUGGGAGUUUUAAAUAUUAUCUUGAUCCUUAUUAUAUUAAGAGAACAUCGUGUGGAUGACUCAGGACGAGAAUGUAAAAACAUUAAUUUUGAUGAAGAUGAGGUUCAGGUUCCCCAAGGAAAUAUUGACCAAGUUGCUGUUGUGACUACCAAUGUUCUGUUUUUUGUGGUCCUAUUUAUCUUUGCCAUUUUUGAAACCAUCCUUACUCCAUUAACAAUGGAUAUGUAUGCCUGGACUCGAGAACAAGCUGUGUUAUAUGAUGGGAUAAUUCUUGCUGCUCUUGGAGUUGAGGCCAUUAUUAUUUUCAUGGGGGUUAAAUUACUCUCCAAAAAGAUUGGCGAGCGUGCCAUUCUACUGGGAGGACUCAUCGUGGUAUGGGUUGGCUUCUUUAUCUUGCUACCGUGGGGAAAUCAGUUUCCCAAAAUACAGUGGGAAGAUUUACAUAAUAAUUCAAUCCCUAACACCACAUUUGGGGAAAUUAUCAUCACUCUUUGGAAAUCUCCAAGAGAAGACCACAGCGAAGAACCCACUGGUUGCCCCAUCGAACAGGCCUGGUGCCUCGACACCCCCAUGGUCCACCUGGCCCAGUUCUUCACGUCAGCAGUGCUCAUUGGGAUAGGCUACCCGUCCUGCAACGUCAUGUCCUAUACAUUAUAUUCGAAAAUCCUGGGACCAAAACCGCAGGGUGUGUACAUGGGCUGGCUGACAGCCUCAGGAAGUGCAGCUCGGAUUCUCGGACCUGUGUACAUCAGCCAAGUGUACACUUCCUGGGGCCCACGAUGGGCGUUCAGUCUUGUUUGCGGAAUUGUGGUGCUCACGAUCACACUCCUGGGAGUCGUUUACAGAAGACUUGUUGCUUUUUCCGUAAGGCACGGGAGGAUUCAAGAGUAACCUGGCUUACUCACCCAGGCGUGGAAAGUACUGGCUGUGUGGGACUUCCUUUACCAGGGCUCUGCUGGGACAAUGCUACGAGCCAGUUUCAGAAGUCCGGCUUCGGGUACUGUGUAUUUUGAGUAGCAGGAACAUGUAUUGAAUAACACAGGGAAUUCUAUGAGUAAUUGUGAAUAGGAAGAUAAUAUGAAAAGCAUUCGGGAUCAUGAUUUCUUUUCCUCAAAAAAGAAAUAUUCUUCAUUCAACAACCUUUUUUGGGGUUGUAUGAACUCAUGAGUGAAUGACCAAUGGUCUACAAAUGUGAAAUUGUAUUAAUUUAAACUGCAGAGUUGUCACUUAAAAUAAUGAGGGAAUAUCUAUGCAGUGAAA